GCUGCACAGCUCCUUGGUGAUCUUAAUGUGAGAAUGAAAUGGGAACCUGAGAGAGAAAUAUUUUCCGCAGGCGGUAAAGAGGACCAAGGAAAAACCAGACAUGAUCUUGUUCGUGGGGAUAAAAAG